GGACUGAGGCUGUGUCCAAUUACACACAGCAGAGCUCCAACAGUAAAUCAUGUAAACUGCUCAGCUCACAGUUUAACCCCUGAUCUGUGUAUUUCCCUGCUUUAUAGUGAAAUCAGGGCUCUAAUGCUGGAUCAGUGUGAAAGUAAUCAGUGCAGCCGGUAGAUGCUGUUUGCAGAUGGCGCGCGCCCUGGAUGAUUUGAUGUCUAUUUCGAGCACGCGCUGAGUAAGGCGAGCCCAGCUCCGCGCGCCGCGCUCCAAACACGAAGCUGCGCUCCUUCAGACCAAACAUCAAAUAAGUUUGGCCUUUUUUUGGAGGUAAUGGAGACCCGCGGAGGACUCUGGCCGGAGCACUUGGAGGGAGACGGUGCUGAGGCUGCCAAUAUUGACGACGAAGAAGUUGAGGAGCUGCACAACAGUUUAAAGGAAGUCGUCCAAGACCCGUUUGUAAAGCCCAAACUCCAAUGCCUGAUGGUGGACCCCUCCUUUUCUAUGGUGACAGUCCAGAGUGAGGACAGUGGUAUUGUAUGGGAAACGGCUUCCAGCAGGUGCUCCACCCCAUGGGCUUCAGAGGCCAGUUCCCCGUCAGAUGUAUACAGCUUGGAAAGUUCAGGGACCCAGGGUAAUAUCGUGAUCAUCAUGGAUGAAGACAAGAUCAAGAGGAGGAAAAAAACAAGCAAGGGAGACAGGUUUCGGAGGCGACUGUCAGGUGCUGCAAUAGGAGAAGAAAGACCUGCAAUGGUUGAGGUUUCUGUGCCAAAUGUGAGACCAGAGAAUUCUGAGGAUGGCCAGUCUGCAGAGGCCAAAACAGAUAAGGAUCAAGAACUCUUUAAUCUGAUUUCUGAAGGUUUCGAAAUCCUCAACAUUGUUGUACCAUCAAAACUUCCUACCGUGGACGAGGAGGACAGUACUGAACUGACAGACAAUUUGUCUUACCUAGAGGACUCGCCGAAAAUCAAGUCGAAAUGCAAGCAAACUGAAAUCGCAGAAACUGAAGUAAGCUCUGAGGAUGCAACCACAGAGGGUCAGGAAACAGACGAGGGUCAAAACGUCUUAUCUCAGGAGUCUGCUGAUCAAUCCAAGAAAGAAGAAUCUGAUCUGGACUAUUUAGAGAAAUUCACCUUGUUGGAUGAAACUGCCCCUUGUGAGAUUCCUGAAAAACCAGAGCCUGAAAAACAAGUUGCCCAAGCCGAGGAACCUCAACCUCAGGUUCCCCAAGAAAAGGAAAAGGUGGAAGAAAAACUUGACGAGGAUUCCUUUGUCAUCAUCAGUGAUGUUGAAAUUGCAAGUGAACAUCUUGACGAGGUGUUUUAUGGAGCAAAAUGUCAUGAAGAACCUGAAAUCUUAUCUCACCGUAAGGAGGAUGGAAAACAUCUAGAAAGACAGAGCUCUAAAUCUCUCAAAGAGUGUGGAGCAACAUUAUUUGGCAGUCAGGAAUGUAUACUUACUCCUGUUUAUCUCCCCUCGGGACCUCCCAAGAUCAUAGAUCAGAACCUCCUUGAUGAGCCAAGGGCAUUGUCCUAUCAUUACUCAGAUCUUUACGAAGACGCUGUUGGAGAUAGGAAGAGGGAAGAUGACUUUUCAGAUGUAGAAAGUGUCAUCUCAGAAAAAUCAUUCAAAAGACGUUUUUCUGAAUCUGACGACGAUGGCUAUCUAGAGAAAUUCACUUUAAAAGAUCAUACUGAAGCAAUUGAAGAUACACCGGAUGAAGAUAUUUCUGACAGUGACCGAAUGAUAUGGCCACAAAAUAAAUUUGAAAUGACUGGUUGUUUAAUUCGUGUCGAGCCCAAAGAAGAGGAAGUACCCGACAGCCAGUCAAAGUUAGAGGGCAAACAAGUGGAUGUAAAAGUGCAGAUUCAGCCUCCGGAUUCUUCCAAAGACUGUGAACCUUGUGGGGAUUUAAAAACUGGCUGUGCAAGAGUUGAAAAAGUCCCAGAAGCUUCAGAGGAUUGUGAAGAUUGUGGCACAGAAACUGGCUGUCCAGUAGCAAAAAUCAUAACACCUGGCCAACAUUUUCAAAAAGUAGAAACAAAUAAAGCUGUGUUUGUAAAAGCUGAAGUUAAACAUGAGAGAAGUCAUGUUCCUCAGAGUGUAGUACAAGAGACUAAAGUUAAAGAAGAAACUAAUAAAGAAGCCCUCCCCAUACCAGAGAAAUCUGUGAAAAGAGACAUUACAAACAAAGCCAAAGAUGUCACUGAUUGUACAGUUGAAAUUGAAGAAACCAUUAUUAUUAAAAAGGAAAAGGUAUCAGGUAAAGGACACCAACAUAAGACAACACAAGAAAGUGCUAAACCUGAUUUAGUGGCAAAAACGGAUGAAAAGGUGCUUAUUUUACCCAAACCUCAAAAACAACUUCCCGCAGUUGAAAAGGAAGUUCCAGUUAAAGCUCUUGAACCUGAAAAGAAAGAAAUGGACAAGACCAAGCCCUCAGAUGAAAAGGUGCUUAUUUUACCUCAAAAAGAGGUCCCUCAAAAAAAAGUGCCUCCAAAAGAGAUCCCUCAAAAAGAACAUCCAGUAGUUGACAAGGGCGUUCAUGUCAAAGCGCCUGUACCUGAGGUAGAAAAGACCAAACCCUCAGAAGAGAAAAUGAUUAUUUUACCUCAAACAGAAGUUCUUGAAAAAGAACAUCCUCUAGUUGAGAAGGACGUUCAUGUCAAAGCAUCUGUACCUGAGAAAACUGAGGUAGAAAAGACCAAACCCUCAGAGGAGAAAAUGAUUAUUUUACCUCAAACAGAAGUUCUUGAAAAAGAACAUCCUGUAGUUGAGAAGGACAUUCAUGUCAAAGCUCCUGUACCUGAAAUAACUAAGGUAGAACAGACCAAACCCUUAGAUGAGAAGGUGCUUAUUUUACCUCAAAAAGAAGUCCCUGAAAAAGAACAUCCUAUAGUUAAAAAGGAAGUUCUAGUCAAAGCUCUUGUACCUGAAAUAACUAAGGUAGAACAGGCCAAACCCUUAGAUGAGAAGGUGCUUAUUUUACCUCAAAAAGACGUCCCUGAAAAAGAACAUCCUAUAGUUGAAAAGGAAGUUCUAGCCAAAGCUCUUGUACCUGAAAAAAGGGAGGUGGACAAGACCAAACCCUCAGAAGAGAAUGUGAUUAUUUUACCUAAAAAAGAAGUCCUUGAAAAAGAACAUCCUGUACUUGAAAAAGAGGUUUCAGUUGUUGCUCUUGCACCUGAGAAAAUUGAAGUAGAAAAGACCAAGCCCUCAAAUGAAAAGGGGCUUAUUCUACCUAAAAAAGAAUGCCCUGUAGUUGAAAAAGAAGUCCCAGCCAAAGCUCUUGUAACCGAAAAAACUGAGGUAGAAAAGACCCAGCUCUCAGAUAAGAAAGCAAUAGGUUUAGAACGUAAAUGUGAAACAGAAGUUAUUGAGAAAAGUGAGGUAACGUUACCUGCUCGUGUAAAGGAAAAGGUGAUAGUUGACAGUGAGAAGCAAAAAACAGUUGCAGAUAAAACUAUCGUCCCAGAGGUGGAUCUAGGCAGUGUUGAGGCAAAAAGUGAGGCUACAGAUAAUGAAGUCAGAAGGGAGCUUGAAACGAUAAGUGAACCAAAAGCUUCAGAGAAAGCACUGGCAAGUACAACAGAAAUGGCUGAAAACAAAAUGGUUGAAAUCAAGGAAAAAGUUGAGGAAAUCGAGAGUAUGGAAGGAAAAAUUCCAACAAUCGAAAGCAAAGUACCUGAUGAUCAUGAAAGUGUAACAGUAAUUCAUAGUAAGAAUGACGUCACCCAAGAUGAGAAGGAUGUUUUAGUGAAGGAGCAAAGGAAGACGGAGGCCGAUGUUAGUCUGAAACAUGAGCUGCACAAAGAUAAGAGCCACGAGAAAAGAGAGGUUGAUGAAGAAGUUGUUUCAAUUGAUGUGCUUCCUCAGGAAAUUCCUGCAGCACUUCUACCCACUGUUGCAGAAAAAGUCCCAAAAGCUCCAGAUCUCUUACCAGCAGUAAUAGUGAUGCCACCAGUGCUUGAUGAGGAGGUGGGGAAGAAAGAUGAGAAGCUGGCAGAUGCAGUUACAAAAGAGACACUUGUUAAGACUGAGAGGGAUGCCAACAAACCAGUUGCACAUAUCCCUGAUGUAGAGGCAAAGACGAAAGUUUCAACCAAGGCUGCUAGUGUCUCUACACCAGUACCAUGUGAAAUUGAAGUGGUACACAAAGAGACAAAAAGUGAGAUCAAGGAAGAUGUAGCUGUAGACCUUACUCGCAAAGAAGGCACUGGCCAAGUCCCUGAGCUAGUGCUUCAUGCUGCACCUACUGAGGUUAAAGUUGAUGCAUCUAAACUGGCAGAACAGAAGACAAACGAAAGUACAACUGAGAUCAAGUCGAAAAAAGUUCUUUUAAAGGAUACCCACAAAGAAAAUAUAUGGAGAACCUUCGAGCCCAUCACGCCUUCUCCUCCAGUUGAGAUGCAAGACUCGUCAACAAUGAGGGUUUCACCGUUAGAAGAUGAGGAGUUUGUUGAGAAUGGAAAAUUAAAAAGGGGUACAGGUCUCUUUUCAACUCUGCGGAGCUUCACCCCACAUGAAGACCUUUCAGGGUUUGGCUGUGACACAGCAGAGCUUGAUUUGAGCAAGGAAAUCACUGAGGAACCAGACUAUGAGAUGGUCUCUAAGCAAGAGGCAAGACAGUCAGAAUCUGAAGCAAUUGCAGGUACAGAACAUCUGAAACCUGAUGUUCUUGUUCAAGAUAAAUCUGCUGAGGAGACACUGGAAGAAAGUUAUGACUUUAUUGAGGAAUUGGAUGGUGCCCAGGAGUCAGAGCUUGGACGUUUGAUUGAGGACAUAGAAAUUCAACCAAUGGAUGCUUUCUGCCUUGUGUGCCGUUGCCCGAUAUUGAUGAGCGAUGCUGGACACCAAAAUCAUGAAGUGUCGUCUUUGGAUAAGGCAUUUGAAGAUAUCAAGAGUCAGCUGAGUAAUUGGAUUUCGGUUUUGCAAGAAAAAGCGGAAAACAUUGAAGACAUGGUUUCUGAACUGGAGCUGGCUUACAAUUCAGUGGAGGAGCACUGCAAGGACAGUGAGAAAGCUGUGGAUGAACAGAAUCAGGAAGUGCUGAAGCUUGUGAUGGAUCAGUAUAACGAGAUGUCUCAGGCUAUGGAGGAUGAGAAGAAGGUUAAGUUGGAGCAACUCUAUGACCAAAUAGUGUCUUUCCAAUCAAACAUCGACACGGCCAAAGAGACCAUGGAGCAGACUGCAAAGGAGAUGGAGGAGACGGAAGACUUAGCAUUUGCAUCUUCAUACAAAGAAAUUGACAUGAGGCUAAAAACUGCUUUGGAGUCCACCAUGUCAUUGGAGCUCGGCCCACGGGGUCUGCUUGUGUUUGAAGACUAUGCUAAAGGCACCACAGCAAACGAGAAGAAGAACAGACAAGUUAUUCCAGUGCCUCAGCAACCCCGUCUUCAGCCCCAGGAGGCCAAUUCUGCUACGAGCACCUCUGUCACUGUGUACUGGACAAUCAACGAGGGGGACAUCAUCGACUGCUUCCAGGUCUACUGCAUGGAGGAACCGCAGGGAGCCGUGUCAGAGGAGUACAGAGUGACCGUGAAGGAGAGCUACUGUAACCUGGAGGAACUGGAGCCAGAUAAGUGCUAUAAGGUGUGGGUGAUGGCGGUGAACUACACUGGCUGCAGCCUGCCCAGCGAGAGACUGCCGUUCCGAACAGCCCCCUCUGUUCCAGUGAUCAAUCCCGAGGCCUGCACAGUGCUGUGGGACUCUGCCACUCUGCGAUGGAGCUCAGCUCAGCCCAGUGCAGUGGACAGCUUCACUCUGGAGUACUGCCGCCAGUAUGCUAUGGAGGGAGAGGGCCUCAGGUCCAUAUCUGGGAUAAAAGGCUAUGAGCAGAAGGUCCUUCUCCAGCCCAACGAGAACUUCCUCUUCUACAUCAAAUCAGUGAAUGCUGCGGGAGCCAGUGAGCAGAGUGAGGCGGCCCUCAUCUCCACCAGAGGUUCCAGGUUCCAUUUACUGACUGAAACAGCAAAUGCGGUUCUGAAGGUUUUCGAAGACAGGAACUCUGUGGAAUAUCCUCAAGAAACCUAUAAUCAGAUGUCCACACUUAUUGAAUGUCCAGCAGUGAUGGGAGAGCUUUUACCCAGAGUUGGGUAUCACUACUGGGAAACAGUGGUGGCAGACUGUAGAGCUUACCGCAUUGGUGUAGCCUAUCAGACUGCUCCACAAGACAGCGCAGUGGGAGACAACAGCGCCUCCUGGUGUCUACAUUGUGUACCAACAUCCAUCAGCUGUAGGUUCGAGCUGCUCCACGACAAAGUAGAGUCUGACAUCUUUGUGAUGGACGUCCCUCGUUCUAUCGGCACUCUGCUGGACUUCACACAAGGUCGUCUGGUCUUCUUCAAUGCUCAGAAUGGACAGUGCCUGGGCUCCUUCCAGCAGUCCUUCCGUCAGCCUUGUCAUCCUGUGUUCGUGCUGGAGACAGCUGGUAGACUGGAGCUGAAGAUGACCAUGGAGGUGCCAGAGUUCGCCAAGCACUGGUAGCUCACAGACACACAAGGAUCCAGCGUUAUGUCCUUGGUCUUGUGAUGAGUCAUGUGCCAGACUGCAGAGUGUGUGUGCGUGCCUGUGUGUGUGUGUGUGUGUGUGUGUGUGUGUGUGUGUGUGUGUGUGUGUGUGUGUGUGCGUGUGUGUGUCAGAGUGUGUGUUAUGUGGGAGUAAAAUUAUUCUCAAGACAGGAAGAUUUAAAGGUUUGAGCUUUUUAUUACAUUCAGGACAUGAGACACUACUAAAGGACACACUUUACACAUGCAUUUCUGGACAAGCUGAGCGAUACAGAAAUGUCACUGAAAGUGAAAGCUGCAUGUGGAUUGAGGUGGUAGAGUAAUUUAUUUUACAUCAAUGUGACUUGUAGUGUUGUGCAGUUCUCACUAGCACUGUCCAGCCCGCUUCAUCAAAGUUGCAGAGUGCCGAUUCUGGCUUACUGAACCUCAAGUGUCAAAGAUAGUGAUACUAUUCUUCCUGUUACAGGCUGCUGGAGCAUCAGUAUGAUUUGAAGGCAAAAGUGCAAAGUGAUGUUGCUUUAAUGAUUGUUAAGGUUAUUAAAGCUAAAGCAAAAAAGUCAUUUGAUUUAGUGCAAGACAGUGUUGAAUAUCUGAGUGAAACCUGAGACUUGUAAAGUAAUCUGAAAUUAGCCUAAGAGUGAGAAGUAAGGAAUUUGGGUUUGGUCAUAUGAUUUAUCAAAUUCUUGUGUUUGUAAAUAAAUAAUAAAAAAAUUGUUGUACAUUAGCAGAAGCAGGUACAUUAUCUGUACUAUGAAAUAGUAUUUAUUUAAAAAUUCUAGAUAUAUUGUUCUAUAUUAAGGAGAAUAGCGGAUAAAGAUUAGAGGUUUAGUCUAGUAGUAAAGUAAAUUGCUGUGAUAUUUUAUAUUUAUUUAAUUUAGCAGAUUUUAAGCAAACAUUUUUAGCAUUUUUGUUAGCAGUGUAAACUUAACUUAAAAUUAUUGCAAUAUAUGCACAUGUAUGGUAUUGUUUGCAUAUUUACACACUGACAAUUAUAAGAUAAUGGGAAAAUUCAUAUUGGAAUUAUUUGAUAUUUAUAUAAUAAAUGUGAUGAAGAAUGAAUCUGCUGUGAAAAGAUAAGAUUAAUGGAGAUUAGACUUAGUUUACACUAAUUUUCCUGGAUUUUACUCUUUUAAUCAAGUAAAUGCUGUUAUUAAUGAUUUAAUUUAGCAAACUCUGACUAUGAUGAUGCAUCUUAAUCUAAUCUCACAGAUCAUUAGAUUAAAGCAGCUCAGUGGAUGCUGCAGUAAAUCAUUUUCCACAUAAAGUUCUGACUAGCGGUGAUAUUUUAGUUAUUUUAGUUUUUGGAUGGAUUUUCCAGAGAGAAUAAGUAACUAAAUGUUCCUUUCAAUGGGAAUUAUCGAUUCAGAAUGCUUAAUCCUUAAUUUGUAAACUGCCUCAAAAAGUUUAACUGCCAUUAGAUCCGGCCGAUGUGGAAAAAUAUAAUUCUUACGUUGAUAUAAACAAUAUUAAAGCAACAGAUCAAAUAAUUAUUGUCCAGCUCCAACUGCAGUCAAUUGUAUAAUAUAAGAAAUUACACCCUAUGACAGGUAAAAAAAAAUUAUGGGUUUUAAAAAAUUGCAGAAAUUAUUUAUGCAAUUAAAAAUAUUCUUAAUGAAAGCAGUUUGUUUUUUUGUUUACCUUUUUUCUUAUGAAGUUAUGUUGCUUGAAAAAUUCUAAACAAGGUAUUUUGCCUUAUGUUUAAAUGUUUUUGUAUCCAGUUAUAUCCUUCAUUCUACACUAUCCUCAUAUUGUUCUCAUGUAUGUAAAACCUUUUUUGUUUAAAAAUGAUUUCCCUUUUAUAGAUGUUACAUGUUACAGAUAUUUAAGAUAUAUAGAAACACAUGCUGAAUUAUUUAGUAAACAAAAAGUGUUAAACCAGAAUAUGUUUUAUAUCUUAGAAUCUUCUAAGAAAGUACUACAUUUAUAUUUGAGGACAGAUCUGUACACUCUUGGUAUUUUAAUUUCAGUGUCUUUAUGAGUUAGAGUCACCUGGAAUAGUUUUCUCAGUAUCUUGAAGGAGUUCCUGGAGGUGCUGAACUAUAGCUUCUGCUUUAACUUCAUGCUGUGAAACUCCAGCUCAUCCCAAAUCACUUCAAAUCACCAUCUCAGUUCAUCAGGUUUAGAUCAGGGGAUUGUGGAGGACAAACACUUUUUUACUGUUUGCUGCAUAAUUCUAUAUAUUCCUUAAUUGAUUUCAUGCUUGUAAUAUUAAUCUACAAUGUAGAAAAUAAUAAUAAUAAUAAAGAAAAACAUUGAAUGGGGUGUGUCCAAACUUUUACUGUUACUUUAUAUGAACGUUAAAUCAGCAUUUACAAAAACAAACGCUUUAUGUUGAACAAGACUCUACAGAAUAAAAGGUGUUUAUUUACAUUUUUAUCAGAUUGGAAUCUGUCACACAACUGAAAGCUCUGUCAGUAAAAUCAGCAAUUUCUUUUUAUUUUUUUCAUUUUAUGGCAACCUCUCUAAAAAAAUACAAAUAUAUAUUUAUUAAUACAUACACUUUUUAUUUCCAGCACUUUUUCAGUGUGAAAGAAUUUUAUUGUAUUGGUCUCUUUAGUAAGAAAGGCCAUUGUUAACAUGUUGUGCAGCCUUAAGUCUUUUUGGACAGUUUAUCUAAUUUCAGUGUAUUAUUCUGUCAUUUUAAAAGUGAUUUUGUGCUAUUUUUGUUGUAUUUUAAAAAAUGGUUUUGUUUGAUUUUGCAUGGUGAAAUCAGCCUGUGCCGGAUGUAGCCUCUAUUCAGCUUCAGUAUUGUUUCUGGUUUGUUUUACUGGUUGUGUGGACUUUACUGAGAGUAAAUUAUCCUAAAUUACUGUCUUCCCAAAUCUAGUGGGUUUUAAUAUUUUUUUUGUUCUUGUUUUUUUUUUUUUUUUUGUAUUUCUUAUUGGUAUUUGUCAAUAGUAUGGAGAAUUAUAUUUGUUUCUAUAUUCAUUAAAUUUGGGCAUAUUUUUGUAUUUGUGUGGAAAAAAAAUAAAUAUUUUAAAAAUGAUUGGAAAUAAUAAAAAUAAAAUACUACCA